CGGCGCUCGUCAGACGGUCAGUUGUUGUCUGGACGUCGUCGCAAUCGCAACUGUCGCCGCACCACACCGCCGUCGAAGUUCGCAGAAGUUCACUCUUGCAGAACAGUAGUUGUCCGCCACUCGGUGAACUCGCUGCCGAAUAAACGCGCUACCCACCGCCCCCGCAGGAGCUUGGGAUUACGGGAACGUCGUCAGUGCAGGAUCAGCGGUGCAGCCGAAUCCAGCACAUCACACACUCACACACAUACACGGAGCCGCUCAGGAGAAGGAAGACCAGCCGCCGGAGGGACAUCCCACAAACUAAAUCCUAACUAAUCGCAAUGGCCGAUCAACUGACCGAGGAACAAAUCGCUGAAUUCAAGGAGGCGUUCUCGCUCUUCGACAAGGACGGUGAUGGCACCAUCACCACGAAAGAGUUGGGCACGGUGAUGCGGUCGCUUGGCCAAAACCCCACCGAAGCCGAGCUGCAGGAUAUGAUCAACGAGGUCGACGCUGACGGUAAUGGAACGAUUGACUUCCCCGAAUUCCUGACGAUGAUGGCGCGCAAAAUGAAGGACACCGACAGCGAGGAGGAGAUCCGCGAGGCGUUCCGCGUCUUCGACAAGGACGGCAACGGCUUCAUCUCGGCGGCGGAGCUGCGCCACGUGAUGACCAACCUCGGCGAGAAGCUCACCGACGAGGAGGUCGACGAGAUGAUCCGGGAGGCCGACAUCGACGGUGAUGGCCAGGUCAAUUAUGAAGAGUUUGUUACCAUGAUGACCUCGAAGUGAAGCGCCACCAGCGUGAGUGCGCCGUCUGCAUUUCAGCUUUCCAUUAUUUCAUCCCGGCCCAUUUAUAAUAAUACUACUAAACAAAAAAUAUAUUAAUAUUUAAACGAGACGUCUUAAAAAGAAAAGAAAAACAACCGAAAACAAAUCACCAACACCGAUGUUGCAGUCACAAGAUACCAAAAUGAGAAUAAUAAUAAAUCAGAGAAACCAAUUGAUGAAUUACAGACCCACACACACGAGAACAUCUUUUUCGCUUUCAAAGAUGGCUGCCGGGCCCUCAAAAUCAACAACUUCUACUUACAACACGUUCUAACACAUUCAUAGAGAGAGAAAAACUUGGGUUACAUCUUACUUGAAACUAUAUUCAAACUGUACUGUCGAAAUACAAGAGCAAAAACAAAUGAAAGGUUUAUUUCACGCAAACUUGUCAACUUGUCGAAAGAAAUUUCAAUGAUAUAUAAAUAUAGUCAAAUGAGAUAUACACACACUGAGAAAAUGAACUAAUGAUAGCAAAAAAAAAACACGAAAUACCAGAAAUUUAAAGAGCAAACAAAAACGUAAGUAAUGGAAAGGCAAAAAAAAAAACAAAAAAAUAUUAUUAAAAUAAUAAUAUUAAAUUAAUUAUUAAUUAAAAUAUUAAUGAUAAAGAUAAUUGUGUAAAUUUUUGUAAUAUAUUUGUUUCGAUCGAUGGUUAGUGUUUAUAUAGUACGGUGCAACAAAAUGAACAACAAGAACACAAGAAACAAAUGAGAACUUGAAAAACAACAACAACAAAAAAUCAAUCAAUAAUUUUAAUUGCUGAAUGUUCCGUCGUGUGACUUGCAACAACUACAACCACCACCAUCUCUCACCACCGCGACACGGAAGAGCAACAAACAAACAAAAGAAAAAAGACGGUCGCAUCAACCGGCGACAUCUAUCUUAAAUGUAUUGUAAUGUAAAAGUCACAAAGUAUGAAACGGUUGCUUCGUACUUAAGAAAUGAUAAUCCGAUUGACGAAAACAAAGCAACAACAACAACAACAAGGGUUAAACAAAAAAAUAAAUUAAACACUAUUGUGCGUUUUUCGUAUUUAUUAUGAUUACGAUGUGAAGACGAGAGUAACUGAAUGAAUUUAUUAUAUUAACUUAGAUCAUUUUUCAAAUUGUGGAUGAUGCGCGCGCCGUGCACGUCAUGGCAGCCAUGAUAGUUCCACAAGCGCGCGCGCACAUCCUGCGACGGCAUGAGAUUAUAUAUUAGUGUGUUAAUUAUUAUCUAAAUGAAGUAUAACAACCAAACAGGCGUCCAUACGUGUGGCGCGAGAAUCAUGCAAGCAAAAAAAAACAAACAAUGUACUAUUAAUAUAUUUAUCGGUGUUAGUUAGUAAAUUUUCCUUAUUAAGAUGAAAUAAACGAGAAGUAAAUAAAGCAUUGAGGACACUCACAGACACACACACACCGUACACUCUGAGAGUCAGGGGCAUACAAAAUGCAAACGAGACGCGCGUUUCAUACUUUGUGGACUUGAGCUUAGCUGAACAAAACAAAACAAAAAAACCGAGAACAAGUGAAGAAAUAUUGUGCACUUAAUUGUAUUACUUGUAUCCCCCUGAUUAUUAUUCAUUGAUUCGUUGAUUAAUGAUGAAGGUACAGCAGAGCUGGCGAAUUUCAAAAUAUUUGAAGCUGAGACAGCCGAAUCUAUGAGUGCGAUUAGUUGAAAUCUUUUUGGCGCAUACAUGAAAGCAACCAAAACCGAUGAUUACACCCCCACAUGGAUGGAUUAUAUAAUUAAUUAUAUGAAUGAAAAACUAUCGACUUAUUAACGAAAAAUUACAGAUUACACACUAACCGUGACUGUUUUUGUGACUUGCGUUCCACAACUGAAGCGCAAAAUGGCCGAGAAUGCUUGUAAUGCGGGAAACAUAGCAUGCGGAAGUAUUUGGUCGGCCAUUUUGUUGUGAUCCUUGUUUCCUUGGUCUUGAUUUCCCCGAAUUUAUUUCCAGGCGCUUCUAUUUGUACAGAAAGGAAGCAGAGUUGCAAAUUUAUAUCUCUUAUACUAUAUAUCUAUUUAAUGAAUACGUCUUAUUACUUAUUAUUACUAUGAUGCUAGUUUUAAACUUUUCACUUAUUUAUUAUUAGUAGUAUUGAGUUUUUCCUAUUAUGAUUCUUAUUCUUAUUGCGUAUAUUGUAACGGAGCGAAUUUGAUUGAAUUUGUUAUGUUUAAUUAUUAUAUUCUCAUUGCGGCGAACAGACUGUUUGUUGUUACUAGUUCUUUUGUUUUGUUUUUCGUUGUGAAGGAGAGUAUCUUGCAUAUUAAAGUGAAGACAAGAAA